UCCAAUUACCACACAGCACUGACGAUCACGCCUUAUCACGCAUAAGAUUCGCGGCCGCCGCUGAUAGAUAGGCUUCGGGGCACCCUUGGUUCGUGUAGAUUCGCUAGUGCCACGGCAGUGAUUUAAUCUAGUGGUUUACGCAGAAAUCGGCCAGUCCAGUAGUGAUAGUCCCAGUGAACGGUAGUAGAGUUUUCGCUUCAACCAUGUACUCGCAAACGGCGGCAGAUGAGGUCGGUGGAGACGGCGGUGCGAACAAUGUGCGUGUCGUUGAUUUUCGCUCGGACACACUGUCCGUGCCCACGCCGAGCAUGCGCCAGGCAAUCUUCGAAGCGGUCGUAGGAGACGACGUGUACGGUGAAGAUCCGACCGUACGAAAGCUGGAGCAACGGUCGGCCGCGCUAUUCGGCAAGGAGGCUGCCCUAUUCGUGCCCUCCGGUACCAUGGCCAAUCUGCUGGCAAUUAUGGUCCACUGUUCACGGCGUGGCACGGAAGCCGUCGUCGGUGAUAUGGCGCACGGGUUUCUCUAUGAACAGGGAGGCGCGGCACAGAUCGCGGGCGUGCUGUUGAGCACGAUUCGUAACAAUCCGGACGGUACGUUCUGUUUGAAUGAGCUAUCGAAAAAGUUCCGUGGCUUCGAUGUCCACGAACCCGACACCGUACUCGUGAUGGUCGAAAAUACCCACAAUAUGUGUGGGGGUAAGGUUUUGCCACUGGAUUGGCUAGAGAACCUGUACAAGAUGUGCACGGAGAAGGGAGCCAAGGUGCACAUGGAUGGGGCCCGCGUGUUCAACGCAGCCGCGCAUUUGAAUCUACCGGUUUCACGCAUCGUCCGGGACGUCGAUUCCGUGUGCUUUUGCCUAAGUAAAGGGCUAGCGUGUCCCGUCGGUUCCGUGCUCGUUGGUUCGGCUGAAUUCAUCAAAGAGGCUCACCGUUUGCGAAAAGCUCUUGGAGGCGGAAUGAGGCAGGUAGGAUUUCUGGCUGCGGCCGGGCUCUGCGCACUGGACGAGAUCGUACCGAAGUUGAAGGAUGAUCACGCCAGAACAAGACGGGUGGCGGAAGCGAUCGAUCAGCUGGCCAGCCCGAUCUUCAAGGUAGAUCUCGAGAAUCUGCACUCCAACAUCCUCAUGGUGCAGAUCCUUAGCAAAACGGUACACUCGAGCGAUCUGGCACAUCGGUUGGCCACCGUGUAUCCGGGUGAAGCGGAAGCAGGAGUGGUCGAUUCGCAAGGUAAGAGUAUCGUCCUGAAGCUAAGUGCCCGGGAUUGGUCAUUCGCGCGCAUCGUCAUCUAUACUAAUAUUACGGAUGAGGAUGUUGAGCUGGCUAUCAAAAAGAUCCGGUACGUUUUCCGAGAAUAUGAAAACGAUUUGUAAAACGCUGAUGAAGCACGGAUGGAAAAGACGCAUCUCUUUGUUAAAAGAUAAUAAAGAAACAUUGCACUGGCCGCGUGUGGAUUAGAACACUCUUUCGCACAAUUUCUUUUUCACGAAACACAAGAAAUGAACACAAAAUCCUUUGAAAAUCGUUAAAAUUAUCAACCACGCUCGGAGCCUCAAAAAACCCAACUCAA